AUGAAAGAGAAGAAGAGUUACAGUUCGAAGAGAGAGAAAUACAUAAAGAUGAAGGAAGAAGAUAAAAAAAAAGAUCUGACUCUGCGGGCACGUGUUUCUGCCAAGACAGAAGAGAAGAAGUUGGAGUUGCUGUAUCUUCGGUGGAGUGAGCACCAUAAAAAUCUUUGCAAUUUCAUAAGGACUAAGACUGAGCCUCUAAUUUAUUAUUUGCCAAAGAAGCCACUGGAGGCUGAUGCAAAUGAAGCUGAGCAGCGGAAAGAACAGGCAUUUGAAGAAUGGAAGGCUUCUAGGAGAGAGGAACUGACCGAAUACCAGAAAGAGAUUGGGGAGCAAUAUCUUGCCAAUGUUGAGAAAGAGUUGGAGAGGUGGCAAAAUGCAAGGAAUAGGAAAGCAAAUAAUGAUGUGCUGAACUUGCAGGAAACAAUGGACAAAGAAUUGGACACCCAUAGACUUGAGCAUGGUCCCAAGAAAAGAACGAUUCCGAGCGAAUACCAGAAAGAGAUUGGGGAGCAAUAUCUUGCCAAUGUUGAGAAAGAGUUGGAGAGGUGGCAAAAUGCAAGGAAUAGGAAAGCAAAUAAUGAUGUGCUGAACUUGCAGGAAACAAUGGACAAAGAAUUAGACACCCAUAGACUUGAGCAUGGUCCCAAGAAAAGAAUUGGACGAGAUAGAGGAACUGAUCAGAAGAGGGAAGUUCGACAAGUACAAAAGAAGCGAGGAGGGACAUCCCCAAGCGGAUGGCAAAGGAGAUAG